AUGAGUAAUUGUUUUUAUAAAGGUAGAAGUGCUAUUAUUAUAACAGGAGCAACUGGUGUUAUUGGAAAAGCAUUAACUGAGGAGAUUGCUGCAAAUGUCCUUGAAAAUUCAACAUUUUUACUUUCUUCAAGAAAUAAAUUUAGAUUAAAAUGUUUAAAAGAAGAAAUUUUAAAAUUACGACCUGACAUAAAAAUUGAAACUGUUGUUUGGAAUUUAGAAACACCUGACUAUGAUUUAUUCUUUUCUGAUAUAAAAAAAGCAUUCUUUUCACCAUUAUUAUAUAAUGAAUCAACUAAAUAUGAUACCUCCUACUCAACAGCCAUCAUCAUCCAUAAUGCAUCUGAUGUGGGUGAUGUUGAUAAAACAGUCUUUGAACAUGGUAAAAAUCCAUAUAAAAUACAAAAAUUAUUAAAUAUUAAUACUGUUUCAUUGAUAUCAUUAACCUCAGCAUUCCUUCAAUAUUUUAAAUAUUUUAAGACAAAAAAAUUUAUUGUCAAUAUGUUAUCGGCAACCUCAAUACAUCCAAUGCCAUACUUUGGUCAUAUAUCUCUUAAAUGUGCCAAUAAAAUGAUAUUAGAUAUUUUAUCACAGGAAGAGAGUGGUAAAUUAAAAGUUUUACAUUAUAAUCCUAUUGCAAUUGAUACUGAAAAUUUAAGAAAAAUAAAAAAUUUUACCAAAGAUGUGUCAGUCAAAGAGGUUAUUGAUAUUAUAUAUAAAUCUAAAAAAUUACAUAAUCCUUAUGAUAUAUCAAAACAUUUAUUUUAUAUUAUUAAUUCUAAUCAUUUUCUUAAUGGAGAUACUAUUACUUUUGGAUCAAAAGUAAAUAAUAAUGUUGAUGAUGAUCUUUGUAUGACUAAAUUAUUUAAACAAGAUAAUAAUGAUAUAUCAAAAAGGAAUGAAAAUGAAAAAAAUACUAUAAUUAAUGAUAAACAAACUUCUUCUUCAAAAGUUAAUAUUGAUAAAAAUGAAAGUAAAUCAUAUAUUAAUGAAAAUAGUAACAGUAAUAAUGUGACUUUACUUUCAAAAGAUUUUGAUAAUAUGAUUAAUAUAGAAUUAAGUAAUACUUCAAAUAAAAAGUGUGAUUUAAGUUCUAAUGAAUAUUUGUCAAAAGAAAAUAUUAAUAUGAAUGAUAUGAAUGAUAUGAAUAAUGGUACAUCUCAAAAUAUAAAACAAACAACUAAGAUAAAUGGUAAAAAUUUAGUUGAUUCAAAUUGUUUUUUAAGUAAAAAGUUAAAUUCAAUAGAUGAUAAAGAAUUGGGAUAUGGUAAAGGCAAAUAUUUUGAACAAAAUAAAAAUAUAAAAUUAUGUGAUAGUCAAAAAUAUAUAAAUAAGUAUACAAAUAAAAACUUAGUUAUAGAUAAAACUAAAAAUGGUAUAAUUUAUCAUGAUAAUAUUAUUGGUAAUUUUCCUAGUUGUAAUCCUAAAAUAUCUCAUACUACAACCCAAAAAGAUGAAAUAAAUAGUGAAAUAAGUGAAUUAAAUAUAAAUAAACCAAAAACAUUAUAUCAAGAGUAUAAAGAAAUGUAUUUAAAAGAAAAAUUACAUUCUCAACAAAAUAUUGUCAUACCAAAUAGUUCAAGCUUUAAAAUUGUUAAAAGUCUCUAUAAUAGAAAUAAAAAUCAUAACUUUAAUAAAAUUUAUAUUACAAAUGGAACUUCUAGAAAUUGUUUAAAAGUACAAAAAAAUAAUUUUAAAAUGAAUAAAUGUAAAAAUUUGAAUAAUGAAACAAAUAAGAAGGAAGAAUUAAAAAUUAUUAAAGUAACGCCUAAUUCUAUAAUGGCAUUUCCAGAUAAAAAAUAUAUAAAUAAAAAAGAAGUUAUUACUUUAGAAAUGUGUGAAGAAAAGUUAAAUAUAAGUACUCCAACACAAAGUACAGUAGAUUCAGUAAGUAUUAAUGAAAGUCAAGAUAAUACUUUUAUGGUUAAAAGAAAUAAAAAAAAAAAGAUUUAUAUUAUAAAUGGAGUUAAAUAUUAUGUUGAAGGAUCAUUUAAAUUUUUUAAUGACUAA